AUGGAAGCAAUGAGGGAGUUGCCGUGGAAUUCGUGGUGGUGGGUCCAUGCAGCAAUUGCUCCCCAUGCAAAGGCCCUGGUUUCCACUGAUCCCAUUCUGUGCCCAGCGCGCGGACAACUUCUUCCCUCACUGACUCUUUUCCCCUCGGAAGGAAGCAGUAAAACACCCCCACACGCUGAUGUCUUCUUUUGA